AUGACAGUAAACUCCACUAUCUCAGGCAACAGCCAGCCCGAGCAACUCUACCAUAUCCUAUUCAUAAUCUCUCAUUUACAGAAAGACCCCAAUGGCAAAUAUCAGAAACUCCGCAUUCCUGGCACAUACAUCUCCCUGGCAUCUGCCAAAUCCGCCGCGCAUCAAUGUCUCUUUGACGCAGGAUACGAACGGGAAUGGUUCGAGACAUACGAGACCAGCCAGGCGAAUGGGAAUAACGAGGAUGACGGGCAGGUGGUCCAUGCCGUCGCCACGGACGGGUCUACAUACCGCGUUCGCAUCCUCACCACGCCCUCGAUUAUCGGCAAGCCUGUGUCCACACACGAAGAUGGCAGAAUCACCACAGAUCUUUACUUCGUCAUUCAGGCGAAGACAAAACUCGAAGAGGAGGGAAACAGUCGCGAUAUCAAUAUCGAAGGAAUCUUCACGUCGUAUGGCGAUGCGCGCGAGUAUGCGCUGAGAGUGCUUCUGGAUGCUGGAAAUGGGUUGGACAAGGAGAGCUUUGCCCAGUACGAGGAGACUGGACCUGGGCAGGCGGACUGCGGGUAUGGAGAUAAUGUGCUUGUGCAUGCGGUGGGGAAUAAUGGGGAGAAUUUCUUGAUUAGUGUGGUCAAGGGCCAGGUGAUGGAGAGCGUACGUCUAGCAGAAGCAGCGUUCUAA